AUGUCUAAAAUCACCAGUUCUGGCGUUAGAGAAAACGUCCACAAAUUAUUGGAAUACUCCACUGAAACCAAAAAGAGAAACUUUUUGGAAACCGUUGAAUUACAAGUUGGUUUGAAAAACUAUGAUCCUCAAAGAGACAAGCGUUUCUCUGGUACUUUGAAAUUACCUCAAGUUCCGAGACCAAACAUGACCAUCUGUAUUUUUGGUGAUGCUUUUGACGUUGAUAGAGCCAAGUCUUUGGGUGUUGAUGCUAUGUCCGUUGAUGACUUGAAAAAAUUGAACAAAAACAAGAAAUUGAUUAAAAAAUUGGCUAAGAAAUACAACGCUUUCAUUGCUUCUGAAGUUUUGAUCAAACAAAUUCCAAGAUUAUUGGGUCCAACUUUAUCUAAAGCUGGUAAGUUCCCAACUCCAGUUUCUCACAAUGAUGAUUUAUACAGUAAAGUUACUGAUGUUAAAUCCACUAUCAAAUUCCAAUUGAAAAAAGUCUUGUGUUUGGCCGUUGCUGUUGGUAACGUUGAUAUGGAAGAAGAUGUCUUGGUUAACCAAAUCAUGAUGGCUGCUAACUUCUUGGUUUCUUUGUUGAAAAAGAACUGGCAAAAUGUUGGUUCCUUGGUUAUUAAAUCUACCAUGGGUCCAUCAUUUAGAAUCUACUAA